AUGUCGACGAGGGCGGAUCACGAGUAUUCCGAAACAGACAACAGCGGCUCAGAGAGUGAUGGCCCACAGACUCUCGGAGACCAACUGCUCGUUUACUUGGUGGAGAGCAAGUUCGACUCGAAACGAGAGUUUCUUCCGGAAGGAUACAUCGACAAGGUCCUCGGUCGCGGCGCCAUUCAAGACGAACUCUUCUUUGGUAAGAAGCUUGAUAGUGAUGACAAAUCAUUGAUCAACUUCAUCCAUGAUCACGCCAGGAAGGUCUUCGCGACGGCUUACUGCGCUCUUGGUAGUAAUGCAGGGAGCUCGCUUCUUGAAACUAUGGGUUACUUUCGUCGCCAGAACUUCACAGACAGGGCACUUCCGAUCAACGACAUUCAAAAAGCGGAUGAAACCCGGAAGUCCAAGACGAAACUUCCAUUUCCGUUCGACUUAAUUGAAGAUCCCAGGCUACAACGCGUAUGGCGGCGAAUGCCUAUCCGCAACUUCUAUCAGCACCAAUGGAAGUUCUUGGCGCCUGUGUUCUCACGAGAAAGAUUUCACCAUAAUCUCCAUCCCGAUGUUAUUCUACCUUUUGUUUGGAAGAAUACCGCUACCAAAGAAGGAAGGUUCAGCAAGGUCCACCAAGUUGAGAUUCACAAGGGCCACCAGAAACUGCUCAGGCCUAGGGCAGACGGUACCCCGGCCCAUAUCGCUAUAAAGGAGAUUCUCACAACUGAUGACGAUGAAGAGCUGCAGCAGGAGGUGGAGAAAAAUUUCAAGGUAGAGGCAGACGCUCUGUCCGACAUUGCAAGUCUCAAACACAAGCAUAUUAUCGAGAGAAUUGCCGCUAUCACACGAGGCGAAAAUCGAUACUUCAUGUUUCAAUGGGCUGAUGGAGGCAAUCUGAGAGACUUCUGGAAAAGCCACCCCACGCCAGAAUUCGACGCCAACUUGGUUCGGGAAUCCGUAACUCAAUUGCGUGGACUUGCCGACGCAUUGGCAGCUCUUCACCACUACAAAGGCGAGGGCAACUACCGACACGGUGACUUAAAGCCAGAGAACAUUCUCAGGUUCGAGGACAAGACCUUUGUUGGAACCCUCAAGAUCGCCGAUAUGGGCCUUGCUAAGCGUCAUACUGAGGCAACCGACGACCGAUUAAGCCCGACCAACACCAAAUAUGGUACUGCACGGUACGAGCCUCCUGAAGCAGUAACAAACAAACUGAAGGCCAGAUCUCGUCUUUACGAUGUAUGGUCAUUAGGAUGCAUCAUAUUGGAGUACAUCAUAUGGUUUCUCUACGGUUAUGACGGCGUCAGGGAGUUCACCGAAGCGCUUCUCGACGACACAGGCUGUUUCUACCGCGUCGAAAAGGACGGGAAUCAAACAAAAGCUGAAGUUCAUCCUGUAGUCGUUCACUGGAUGAAUGAACUCAGCAAACACCCGGAAUGCUCUAAGUCUACGCACACAGCAAUUCGAACUCUUCUUGACCUCGUCCGAGAUAGACUAUUAGUUGUCGCUCUCCGGCCUAGUCCAGAGACAACAUCUGAAAUGUCCUCAGCAGUCGUUGCUGUUACCCUUGCUGAUACCUCCGAGCCGCCACAGGUUGGCUCGGCCAGGGCCAAAGCCGCCGCUGCAAGCUCUGCGCUCCAAGCGAUACUGGAAGAUGGUGAUGGGAACGAGAAGUAUCUACUCGCGAGCAAGAACAGACCGGGCUUCAGACGCCCAUCUGUCGCUGCAAUCCCUAGAUCCAGCAACAAUUUGCAGGUUCCAGGACAAUCUCGGCCGAAGUCAAACGCACCUGCCAAAGAUGCCUCGAUUUACACCACCAAGGACCUCAACCACACCUGGUCAUUUUACUCCGACAACAAAUUCGCCAACAACCUUGUGGACACCUACGAGAAUUUCCCCGUGGAUCUGAGCCUACCUCACUAUCAAGGGCUUUGUGCUCAAUGUGAAGAGUUGGACAUAUUGUCGUCAGAUUUUCAGAUGACCGAUACGCUCGCUGGCGGAGGUUCGGAAAUUCCAAAGUAUAUCCAGGUUGGCUUCCCGAACCUCUCUCCAACCCGCCACUCCCUGCACUUUGAGAUUAUCAGACAGUGGCUCAAAGAAUGCGACAAUAAUCCAGCCCACGACAAUUGCCGAUGCGAUGAAAAUCCCACACUUCCUACUAGACUACUCGAUGUCCAAACUUCGACAAUUCGUCUCAUUGACACGCAAGGCUUACAAGGCCAAUACCUUGCGCUGUCACAUCCCUGGGGCGAUCCAGCCAUACAUUCCCAUUUCUGCACCUACACCAGCAACAUCGAGAGGCACAGAGCCGGUAUCGACUUCAACGUCCUUCCAGACACAUUCAAAGACGCAGUCACAAUAACGCGCGAGCUUGACAUCAAAUAUCUUUGGAUUGACUCGCUGUGCAUCAUACAAGGUCCCGAUGGUGACUUCACGGAGCAAUCAAAGCAUAUGGAAGAUGUCUUCAGCUCAGCGUACUGCGUGCUUGCUGCAAGCCGGGCGGCUGGUCAAUGCGACGGCUUUUUGGGAGACAGAGUUGGACGAGAUUACAUCACAUUUAGCAGAGGUGAAGAUGAAGUCUACCACAUCUGCGAGGAAAUAGACAACUUUCAAGGGGAUGUCAUUGAUGGUGCACUGAAUCAGCGGGGCUGGGUGCUUCAGGAGAGAGCCCUCGCGCGUCGGACCAUCUACUUCACCGAGAAGCAGACAUACUGGGAAUGUGGCGGUGGGAUUCGAUGUGAGACGUUUACCAAACUGAAAAACAAUAUCGCGGCCUUUCUUGGAGAUCCCAAGUUCCCUGAAGUCGCCAUGCGUUCGACAAGAGGAGAAAUGAUCUAUCUUUACCAGAUGUUUUACCAACAGUACUCAAAAUUGCAAUUUUCAAAGGUCGAGGAUAGGCCUUUUGCCAUUGCCGGUCUAGAGAAAAGAUUGUUACAGGGCUUUGCCACACGUGGAGGAUAUGGGGUGUUUGACGAUGGAAAGGGUCUUCUGCACCGGAGCCUUCUUUGGUGUCGAUCUCUGGGCGGGACCCUCGGGAGAAUCAAGUUUCCGGUUGAGAAGAAGAUUUUCGUACCGACGUGGUCGUGGAUGGCGUAUGAGGGAGGCAUCGAUUACCUGGAUCCGGAAUGGAACAAGACCGAGUGGGAACAGCAAGAUCUCCGAUCCCCGUGGAGCGCAGACCCGCCUGUGCAGUACACCACGGACAAAAACAGCACGAUCUCUCUCGAAGCUACUGCGAGAGAUUUCGAUGAAGCCAAAGCUGUCAAAGAGCACAUCACGCUUUACUUCGACAUGCCUGACAAGGCCGACGGUCGUACGCCAGGCUUGAAGUGCGUGAUCCUAGCGCGGCCCAAGACUGGAUCUACAACGACGGACAGGAUGUGCUAUGUCCUUCUUGUUGCGCCACCGGUUAGUAAGAGAUCCGGAGGCUCGACGGUCUUUGAGAGAGUGGGUGUCGGAAAAAUGCCCGAAAGUUGUGUCUCGCAGUUGGACAAGAUUGAAGUUAAGCUCCAGUAG